CUAUUUGUGUUAACAAGCUUUAAAAAAAUUCUCAAAAAUAAUUUCAAAGUUCGCACAAGUAAAUUUUGGUUUCAAGAUAUUAAAUAGAAAUGCAUUCAAAAGCUACUAAAGCAAUAAGUACCGAUGGAGAUUCUUGCUCAAAAAAAGUCCCAAAUGAUCCAAUAGACCAAGAUGAUACUCUUCGAUCAUUGUUAAUGAUUUUUGCAAUCUUUACUUGUGCUUUUUUAGCUAUGUUAUACUUAUACUUGCAUUCACCGACACUUAGUAAAUCUGAUGCUUCAAAAGUGAAGUUACCCAAAAACUUAGAGGAUGCUAAAGCACUUGGUCGAGUAAUAUCAAAUUACAAAGAUGAUUACUAUGGUUAUGUUUUAAUAGCUUUUGUUCUGACAUAUAUUUUUUUGCAAUCAUUUGCUAUUCCUGGAUCGAUCUUCUUAAGCAUCUUAUCUGGUUUCAUAUUUCCCUUCCCUCUCGCAUUGUUUCUUGUGUGUUUAUGCUCGAGUCUGGGAGCAACUCUUUGUUAUAUUUUGUUUUCGAUUGUUGGUAGAAAAUUAGUAAAGAAAUAUUUCCCAGACAGGCUUAUCAAUUGGAAGAAGCAGGUAGAAAACCAUGAAAAAGAUAUGCUUAGUUAUAUAACUUUUUUACGAAUUACGCCUUUCCUUCCUAACUGGUUUAUAAACAUAACCGCUCCUGUUUUAAACGUUUCGAUUUGGCCAUUUUUUUUUGGUACAUUUAUAGGCGUUGCACCUCCUUCUUUUGGUUUUAUCAGUGCUGGUGUAGAACUUUACGAACUUUCCGCUACUGGGGAUGCAUUUUCUUUUAAAUCUGUUAUUGUUGUUGUUAUGUCAGCGUUAAUUUCUUUGCUUCCUGUAAUAUUUCGAAAAAAGUUACAAAAGAAACUGCAAUAAUAUUUUUUUAUUGACUAAAAUCAACUGUAGAUUAUUUAAUUUAUAUACUUUUAAUAAUAUAUAUUUAUAUAUAUAUA